UAUUAUUAUUACUACUACUAGUAGUAGUAGUUUGAGUACCCGGCGUUGCCCAGGUUAUUUGAAAAAGUCAGUGUUAUAAUUGUACAAAAUGCAUAAGGUUGUGGAUUAACUGCAACUCACAUUGUGCCAGGUUUACCUCCAGAAACUUUAUCAGUCCUUAAAGUUUGUUAUGUUAGGAAACUUUGCUGUAGAGGCAUCAUGAGUGGGGUUCAGUGUGCUCUCUGGCUAUAGGGUAAACUACAAUUCCCACCUGGGGAUCGGGAUCCCACCACACAUAGGACAGGGAGAGCUGGCUUCCUUACUUCUUCCAACACGCGCUGGCCCUUUAAGGAAUGGGAGAGGGAUAAGGAGUGUGAGGACGUCCGGGUUUUUUUUAUCCUUAACGCCUGCGCAGUUGGAACAUUGACGUUUUAUCUUCCAGUUUGGAUAAGACGUGAGAAGCGAGAGCGCGCCUGGCAUUUGCUGCGCCUGCGCAGUUGGAGCAGGGGCUGUUUAUUGUAUUCCUGGGCUGUGAUUAUAAAGAGAGAAGGGAAACGUGCGCUUUUUCUGCGUCUGCGCAGUGGGAGCUUUGUUGUUUUCCCGCCCAUUUGAGGGAGGAAACGUGGGAAAUGUGGACGAAGCCCUCUGAGGAGAUUUUGAUUACACAUCAAUGGACACGUGGACCUUAAUCUAAGGAGGACCGAAUGGCGUAUUCAGCACAGAAUUUUGUCGCCGUUUCCGAUCUGCACCCAAAUCUCGCUCGUCCUAAUAUAAUUGGUGUGGUGAUCGGAAAAACAGAUGCCAAAGGCUUUCCAGACCGAAAAAACAUUGGAUCAGAAAGAUACAUUUUUAAUUUCACUGUUCGCGAUUCGCCGUCAUACUUCAUCAAUGUGAAUUCCUGGGGAAGAGAGGACUAUAUUAAGUCGCUUUCUGAUAGCUUUAGAGUAGGCGAUUGUGUCAUAAUCGAAAACCCUUUAGUACAAACAAAAGAAGUGGAAAGGGAUGAAAAAUUCAGCCCAACAACUCCUAGCAACUACAAGCUCCUGCUGAGUGAAAACCAUUCAACAGUGAGGAUCUGUUCCCCGGGUGAAGUGGACCCCCAACUGCUCUCCCUGUUGAACAUCCCUGUGAAGGACCCCCAGGACUUCUACUCUCUGGGGGAUAUUGUGGCCAACGGACAGAGCCUGGAUGGGAGAAUUAUUAAUGUUCUUGCUGCUGUUAAAUCAGUUGGUGUGCCAAAAUGCUUCACCACUUCGGACAGACGGAAAGGCCAGCGAUGUGAAGUAAGGCUGUAUGAUGAAACAGAGUCUUCCUUUGCAAUGGUAUGCUGGGACAAUGAAUCUAUCCAACUUGCACAAAGCUGGAUGCCUAGAGAAACAGUUAUCUUUGCAGCAGAUGUACGAAUAAACUUUGACAAAUUCAGAAAUUGCAUGGUUGCCACUGUCAUUUCAAAAACCAUCAUCACUACAAAUCCUGAUACCCCAGAAGCAAAUACUCUUCUCAAUUUUAUACGAGAAAGUGCAGAAAUGUUAGAUCUAGAUGAUGAUCUUGGAGAGCAAUUCAGAGAAUCUGUAAAUUUGCAAACAAUAGCUGAUGUUUAUACAGUGGAACAGUUAAAAUCCGAAGUUGUGCAGAGAGUCGGAAAGCCUGAACCUUUCUAUGGCAUCAUUUUUGCCUACAUUUCAACACUGAAUAUUGAUACCGAAACACCAAAGAUCAUACGCAACAGAUGUGUCAAGUGCCACUUUGUGGUCAACGAAAACACAAAUGUGUGCUCUUUCUGCCCCGGCUUUGGUGCCUCUUCUGAUGCCAUGCCAGUCUUCCCCAGCUUUGAUCUCUUUGUCGAUCUGACUGAUCACACGGGCACCCUCCAUUCUUGCAGCUUCUCCGACACUGUGGCCGAAGAGGCUCUGGGUUAUACGGUCCAGGAGUUCCAGGCUCUGACCGAGGCUCAACGGACCGCCUUGAAGUGGCACUUUCUGUUGGAACGAAGCAAAAUUUACUUUAAAAUUAUUCCUUCUGCAAGUUCACGGACUGGACUGAGAGUGAAUCUCCUCUCUUGCAAGCUUGCUGAUCCUGUGGAAGCCAGUCAAAACUUGCCACUGAAAGAAAAAUAACUAUGCUGCCUUCAAAACAGUUCAAAUGUUUUUAAAAAUCUGUUGUCAUUUGGUAGAAUAAUUAUUUCUUCAUAAAUUGCAUCCUUCUUGCAAAGUUGCUUUAUUACAAAUCAUUUAAAUUCAUUACAUUGUUGAAGGAACGGUUCAGUAUCUCCAAGACAACUCCAAGUACAGUAUUGUUGAUUUGUUCCUUGAAACAAGUAAAAUUUAUCUAAAUGUGUUAACAUUUGAGGAAAACAUUAAGAUGUUUUUAACUUGUAAAAAAUAGUUCCAUUAAAGCAAAAAUAUUUAUUCAGCA